AUGUCCAUCGGUACCAAGACAGAGAUCUCAGCGUCCAACUUCGAAGCAGAUGUUGAGUCGGUUCGAACUGAACCCAGCUUUCGUAUCUAUCGCUUGAUCGACAGCGCUAGACUGGGCCUCACAGUCCUCGGUCUCGCAGCGGCCUUGACAAUCCUUGGUGUUUCGGCGGAUGCCCUCGCUGUGUUCCAUGCUACCUAUGUCCCGGAAGAUUGGUUACUUCAACUAUGGCCUGCCAACUUCGAUAUGCGCCCUACCGUAGCUCUGGUAGUCGGUAGUGCCCUGGUUAUUGGGGCCAAUCUUGUUUCGUUGAUCGCCGGCAAGCUUCCGACUGCCCGCAGAAACGCUGCAGUCAAGGCAGCAAUCACAUUUGUGCCCCCUGCUAUUGCCCUGGUCGCCGCCAUCAUCGCCAUGUCCUUCUUCUACGGGGUGAAUGCCUCUACCACCCACGAUUCACUUCAGAGCUGGACAUGUCGCUGGAAGGACGUGACCAUGAACGUGCAGCCUCACUUCGGCACACUCUGCAAACAGAGCCGGGCCGGUGUAGCGCUCUCUGUCAUGCUAGUUCCCGUCGAAGCUAUAAUUCUGGGGUUGGCGGCGUAUCAGUUCACCCUGGGGAAACGCUUCGACUUGGGCUCUCGUGGACCAAGCCGUAAAGCGGGAAGCCCUGCUCUGUCUUGA